AUGAUUGUAUAGUAAAUCAAGUGGUUGAUGGUUUCCGACGAGGAGAAGGUAUCCACCGUAUCCUCUCUUGUUCUUCUUCGUUCCUGUUAUCGAACUCCACUGUGUUCUUUUCAUUUGUUCUCCUCCUUCCGUUUCUUCCAAAGUAAUCUACUGCACUGUGGUUCGAUUCACUGUGAUCCACUCAAAUCACUGCUUCCGUCUUAUUCUUCGUCUUCCCUUUCACUUCAGAUCGACUCCAUUCCUUUGUGGUUGCAGUGAUUUGGGUGGGUUGUACCGAUGGCGAGCUUGUCUGCGCUCGGAGUAACUGGGGUGGUUCCGACCUCCUCCAAGUCCAGGGAUCUACCUUCCUCACAUCGCACCCUCUCCUUUUCCUCUAGAAUUUCCGGCAACAAGAUCACCUGGAAAGCGUCGUUGGGUUCCCACCGCAGGGCUCCCGUGAUCGUAUCUCCCAAGGCUGUUUCCGACUCCAGGAAUUCGCAGACAUGUCUGGACCCCGACGCCAGCCGGAGUGUUCUUGGGAUUAUUCUGGGAGGUGGAGCAGGCACGCGGCUCUACCCUCUUACCAAGAAGAGGGCGAAGCCUGCGGUUCCCCUGGGGGCGAAUUAUAGGCUCAUUGAUAUUCCCGUCAGCAAUUGCUUGAACAGUAACAUAUCCAAGAUAUAUGUUCUCACCCAAUUUAAUUCCGCUUCUCUCAAUCGCCAUCUUUCCCGGGCUUAUGCCAGUAACAUGGGUGGGUACAAGAAUGAAGGGUUUGUUGAAGUUCUUGCUGCUCAGCAGAGUCCUGAGAACCCCAACUGGUUUCAGGGAACAGCUGAUGCUGUCAGGCAGUAUUUAUGGCUGUUUGAGGAACACAAUGUUCUUGAAUUCCUUGUUCUUGCUGGGGACCAUUUGUAUCGAAUGGAUUAUGAGAGAUUUAUUCAAGCACACAGAGAAACUGAUGCUGAUAUCACUGUGGCCGCACUGCCAAUGGAUGAAAAACGAGCCACUGCAUUUGGUCUAAUGAAGAUUGAUGAGGAAGGCCGUAUAAUUGAAUUUGCAGAGAAACCAAAAGGAGAGCAAUUGAAAGCUAUGAAGGUCGAUACUACCAUCCUGGGUCUUGAUGAUGAGAGAGCUAAAGAAAUGCCUUACAUUGCUAGUAUGGGUAUAUAUGUCGUCAGCAAAGAUGUGAUGUUAGAUCUGCUUCGGGACCAGUUUCCUGGGGCCAAUGAUUUUGGAAGUGAAGUUAUACCAGGGGCAACUUCCCUCGGAUUGAGAGUGCAAGCUUACUUGUAUGAUGGCUACUGGGAAGACAUUGGUACAAUUGAGGCUUUUUAUAACGCUAAUUUGGGGAUCACAAAGAAGCCGGUGCCAGACUUCAGCUUCUACGACCGUUCCUCUCCAAUCUACACCCAACCUCGAUAUUUGCCCCCUUCUAAGAUGCUUGAUGCUGAUGUGACCGAUAGUGUUAUUGGUGAGGGCUGUGUGAUUAAGAAUUGUAAAAUCCAUCAUUCUGUGGUAGGGCUCCGAUCUUGCAUAUCAGAGGGUGCAAUUAUAGAAGAUACACUAUUGAUGGGAGCAGAUUAUUAUGAGACGGAUGCUGACAGGCGGUUUCUAAUGGCAAAAGGUAGCGUUCCAAUUGGUAUCGGCAAGAACUCUCACAUCAAAAGAGCGAUCAUCGACAAGAAUGCUCGCAUCGGGGACAAUGUGAAGAUCAUCAAUGGUGAUAAUGUGCAAGAAGCGGCAAGGGAAACGGAUGGAUAUUUCAUUAAGAGCGGAAUAGUCACGGUAAUCAAGGAUGCCUUGCUUCCUAGUGGAACCAUCAUCUAGAACGCUUUCUCGGUGCAAAAUAAGCAUGCUCCCCUUGCUUUCCGGCUUGAGUGAUGAAAGAGCAGAUUUACUUGAAGCUAGUUUGAUCUUUUGAUUUUGCUGUAUAUUUCCACGUUUGUUGAACCUGAAUGGUUAGGUUUUUUUUUUUUUCUUUCUUUCUUUUUCUCAUCUCGUCUCGUAUUAGUUUGGUCUUUCCCCUCCCCCCAUCCUCAUUUUAAUAAAAUCGGUCCCAUAACUGAGAAA